AUGUCUAAGUUCCUUGACUUCACUCUAACUUUACUUCAGGACCCAGGAAUUAUGGGGGCUGAGGGAUACGGGCGCCUCGAGGAAUGGCUUCACAGUCAAGGCUCAAGGGACAGUGACACGAGACAACCACCGAAAACAAGCAGCGCGACGGCGCUGGAGGGCGUGGCAGGAGAACCGCAACGUAGCGCGCUGCCCGCACACCAUUCAUUAGCUCGGGGAGGCGGCGGGGAGGUGGCCGCUGGGACGCGGGCCACACGGCCGGCCUCGCGCCGCCUCGCGCGGAGCCCGGCGGCCUCGGCGCCGCGGAGUCCCCGGCCCGCUGUCCCCCGCACCCUGCGGGAAGAUCACACCGUCCCGUCGCCUCUGCCCGGCUCCGUAGGGCCGGGCGCGGCCGAAGCCUCCCUCACCAGUCGCUAG